AGUGCGCUCGGUGUCAGACGCCCCGGAGCCCGGUCACCCGCCCCGAGCUCGAUGCUGGCUCGCCCAGACUCGGCCCUGGAGGUGGUGGCUGGCGAAUCGGCGCGAUCCGACCCGGGCGGAGGUGGCCCGUGCCCCGCGGCAUGAGCCGGUGACCGAGCGCGGGGCCGAGCGGGAGGCAGCCGUGGCCGAGGAGUGUGAGAAAGAGGCUGUCUGUGUCAUUAUGUGUGCGUCGGUCAAGUAUAAUAUCCGGGGUCCUGCCCUCAUCCCAAGAAUGAAGACCAAGCACCGAAUCUACUAUAUCACCCUCUUCUCCAUUGUCCUCCUGGGCCUCAUUGCCACUGGCAUGUUUCAGUUCUGGCCCCAUUCUAUCGAGUCCUCAAAUGACUGGAAUGUAGAGAAGCGUAGCGUCCGUGAUGUGCCGGUGGUCAGGCUGCCAGCCGACAGUCCCAUCCCAGAGCGCGGGGAUCUCACUUGCAGAAUGCAUACGUGUUUUGAUGUCUACCGCUGUGGCUUCAACCCAAAGAACAAAAUCAAGGUGUACAUCUAUGCUCUGAAAAAGUACGUGGAUGACUUUGGCGUGCCUGUCAGCAACACCAUCUCCCGGGAGUAUAAUGAACUGCUCACAGCCAUCUCAGACAGUGACUACUACACUGAUGACAUCAACCGGGCCUGCCUGUUUGUUCCCUCCAUCGAUGUGCUUAACCAGAACACACUCCGCAUCAAGGAGACAGCGCAAGCGUUGGCCCAACUCUCUAGGUGGGAUCGAGGUACAAAUCACCUGUUGUUCAACAUGUUGCCUGGAGGUCCCCCAGAUUAUAACACAGCCCUGGAUGUCCCCAGAGACAGGGCCCUGUUAGCUGGCGGCGGCUUUUCUACGUGGACUUACCGGCAAGGCUACGAUGUCAGCAUUCCUGUCUAUAGUCCACUGUCAGCUGAGGUGGAUCUUCCAGAGAAAGGACCAGGUCCACGGCGAUACUUCCUCAUAUCGUCUCAGGUGGGUCUCCAUCCCGAGUACAGAGAAGACCUAGAAGCCCUCCAGGUCAAACACGGAGAGUCAGUGUUAGUACUUGAUAAAUGCACCAACCUCUCAGAGGGUGUCCUUUCUAUCCGUAAGCGCUGCCACAAGCACCAGGUCUUCGAUUACCCACAGGUGCUACAGGAGGCUACUUUCUGUGUGGUCCUUCGUGGAGCUCGGCUGGGCCAGGCAAUAUUGAGCGAUGUGUUACAAGCUGGCUGUGUCCCAGUUGUCAUUGCAGACUCCUAUAUUUUGCCUUUCUCUGAAGUUCUUGACUGGAAGAGAGCAUCUGUGGUUGUACCAGAAGAAAAGAUGUCAGACGUGUACAGUAUUUUGCAGAGCAUCCCCCAAAGACAGAUUGAAGAAAUGCAGAGACAGGCCCGGUGGUUCUGGGAAGCAUACUUCCAGUCAAUUAAAGCCAUUGCCCUGGCCACCCUGCAGAUUAUCAAUGACCGGAUCUAUCCAUAUGCUGCCAUCUCCUAUGAAGAAUGGAAUGACCCUCCUGCUGUGAAGUGGGGCAGCGUUAGCAAUCCACUCUUCCUCCCGCUGAUCCCACCACAGUCUCAAGGGUUCACCGCCAUAGUCCUCACCUACGACCGAGUAGAGAGCCUCUUCCGGGUCAUCACUGAAGUGUCCAAGGUGCCCAGUCUAUCCAAACUGCUUGUCGUCUGGAAUAAUCAGAAUAAAAACCCUCCAGAAGAUUCUCUCUGGCCCAAAAUCCGGGUUCCAUUAAAAGUUGUGAGGACUGCUGAAAACAAGUUAAGUAACCGUUUCUUCCCUUAUGAUGAAAUCGAGACGGAAGCUGUUCUGGCCAUUGAUGAUGAUAUCAUUAUGCUGACCUCUGACGAGCUGCAAUUUGGUUAUGAGGUCUGGCGAGAAUUUCCUGACCGGUUGGUGGGUUACCCUGGUCGUCUGCAUCUCUGGGACCAUGAGAUGAAUAAGUGGAAGUACGAGUCUGAGUGGACGAAUGAAGUGUCCAUGGUGCUCACCGGGGCAGCUUUUUAUCACAAGUAUUUUAAUUACCUGUAUACCUACAAAAUGCCUGGGGAUAUCAAGAACUGGGUAGAUGCUCAUAUGAACUGUGAAGAUAUUGCCAUGAACUUCCUGGUGGCCAACGUCACGGGAAAAGCAGUUAUCAAGGUAACCCCACGAAAGAAAUUCAAGUGUCCUGAGUGUACAGCCAUAGAUGGGCUUUCGCUAGACCAAACACACAUGGUGGAGAGGUCAGAGUGCAUCAACAAGUUUGCUUCAGUCUUCGGGACCAUGCCUCUCAAGGUGGUGGAACACCGAGCUGACCCUGUCCUGUACAAAGACGACUUUCCUGAGAAACUGAAGAGCUUCCCCAACAUUGGCAGCUUAUGAAAUGUGCCAUUGGUGGAGUUCUGAAUGUGAGACCGGGACCGAGGGAGAGAACAAGGCCUCCCACCACUCUAAUGUCAGAGAAGUGGGUUAAGGGUGGAAGGUUGACCUACUUGGAUCUUGGCAUGUACCCACCUAACCCACUUUCUCAAGAACAAGAACCUAGAAUGAAUAUCCAAGCACCUCGAGCUAUGCAACCUCUGUUCUUGUAUUUCUUAUGAUCUCUGAUGAGUUCAUGCUCCAGAGUUAAAUCCAGCUGAGGCUCCCUUUGUUUUCAGUUCUGUGUAACAGUCUGGAAGGACACAUCACGGACAGUAAGACUGCUGGAGAAGAGAAGCCUGUCAGCCCAUUUUAGGUCUGGGGAAUCAUGUAAGGGGUACCCAGACCUCACUUUUAGUCAUUUACAUCAGUGAGUUCUUUCAAGGAGCAGCCAAACCCAGAAUUUGGUGCAAAACCCAAACAUCUUGGUGGGAUUUGAUAAAUGCCUUGGGACCUGGAGUGCUGGGCUUGUGCACAGGAGGAGCACCAGCCGCUGAGUCAGGACCCUGUCAGUUCCAUGAACGAUUCCUCUUUGGUUUGGCUUUUUGAUAUGAUUAAAAUUAUUUUUUAUUCCUUUUUCUACUGUGUCUUAAACACCAAUUCCUGAUAGUCCAAGGAACCACCUUUCUCUCUUGGUAUAUUUAACUCCGUCUUUGGCCCGACAACAGUCUUCUGCCCAUGUCUGGGAGCACACGCCAGGAGGAACGUCUGGUACCCUGUGCAUCCAGCAUAAGAAGGUCCCAAAUCGUAACCAUUUUGAGAGCAGAUGACUCAGAAACCUCCAGAGGAAUCUGUUUGCUUCCUGAUUAGAUCCAGUCAAUGUUUUGCAGGUAUUGUCAGAGAAAAACAGAGGGUCUGUACUAGCCAUGCAAGGAGUGGCUCUAGCUGGUACCUGUAAAAGUUGUGGGAAUUGUGACCCCCAUCCCAAGGGGAUUCCAAAAUUUCUCUCAAUAAACUUAACAUUAGCCAGGGAGGUUCUGGCUAACGUUAAAUGCUGCUAUACAACUGCUUUGCAACAGUUGCUGGUAUAUUUAAAUCAUUAAAUUUCAGUAUUUACUAAUACUGCA